AUGAUACUUAAAGUUACAACAUUGAUAGGUCGUCUGAGGGUUCGCCGCGGUUCAUUGCUGUGCUUACACACUAGGCUACCCUUCUCCGAAAGCUCCACCGGACCACCUACCACUAGUCUUCGGCCGGAGGGGUUUAUUGCACAAAAACUGGGAUGGAGGCUCCAGAAGAGGGAAGCCCAACGAAUGUCAGAUGCAAAGCCCCGCACCUCAUUAAGAUCAUAUUGGCAUACUCUCCCAAAAAAGAAAGAGCAGACCCCAUUGAAGACGGGAGUGAGGUACAACAAGGUUUUAUUCCACCGCCCUUCUCAUGGAGCCGUACAUGGACGUUACCGCGCUCAUACAGGUCCCAGCCAGCAAGCAGUUAGCCUUCCUCUACAAGGAAUGGAAGUGUGGAUGAAUCGACAUCAAAUAGAGGAAUUCGGUUUUUCUUUUCAGCAAUAACAUGAUAAGGUGGAUCAGGACGAGAAUGAAUCGGGACAUACUCAUCUUGGAGCUUCUGCUCUCCUCUGGGGAGGGGUUUUUUAUAGAGAGAGAGGUGAGUCGAGGGUAGCCUCCUGCUUGACCGAUUUCUCGGAGUCAGAGGAAGAUCUCUCAUCUGAUGACCCUGAACAAGAAGGAGCUGCUCUCGAUGUGAGAUCAGCAGCAAAAGAAAGAAGAGGAAUUGGAUGCCCCAGAGCAGCAGCCCCCGGAUAA